AUGAGUUUGAUUUCAAACACAUUCUCCUCAAUACAUGAGUAUGCAUAUGUAAGAGUUCCAAACAAAUUUUGCAAUUGUGGUAGAAAAUAUGCAAUUAGAAGCUCGGAGUCAACAUCUAAUCCACAAAGGCGUUAUUACAAGUGUGAUUCAUGUAAUAGCUUCAAAUGGUGCAAAGUUUAUCAGCUGGAAGAAGGUCAAAGUAGGGGAAGCUGUUAUGAAAGGGAUGGGUCAGGACAUAGCAAUUUGCAUGAUGAAUUGGAGCAAUUGAAGAAGAAAGUGAAGCAGCAGCAAAAAGUUCUCAAUUCUGUUAUGAAAUUAGGUGUACUGAUGUGUGUAAUAGUUGUGAUUGUAAUUGAUGAAGUGAACUAUUAUAAUUACAAUGAAAUUGAAUAA